AUUUUUAGACGAGAUCGAGCAACGCAUUCGGCACAGCAAAAUCCCUGUACGAGCCUGUUCUAGGCCUAUCGCCAACCGCCUAGCUUUGAACCGAAUUGAAUAGUGUUAGUAUUGUAUAUAUAAGCGAAAAUCGGCCAGUCAACAUUGAACGCCUGCGUGCGGUGAUUUUCAAAAACGAUUUUUCUUCUAUCGGAUAAAUGCCAGCUUGUUCCAGCGAUGCUUUUCUAUAAAAAGUAAGGGAAGAAUGCGAAAGCUUUGCCCGUUUGUUCUCUCUUUCGUUCUCAUCUACACUCCAGUUUAUGGAUUAACGGUGGCUGACGAUAGGGAGGGAUAUAUAGAAUACGAAAAUUGGCUAAGCUGCAAGAACAGCUCGAUACAAUUCGAUUUCAAUACGAGGAAGAGGGAUUCCAUGCUAUUGUAUACCGAUGAUGGCGCCAGGAAGGAUUUCUUCUAUUUAUAUUUGAAGAACGGUAAACUCUUUCUUGAUUUUAAGAUAGCUGACGAUCAAUCUAAGAUAUCGUCCGGAAGUGAGUUGAACGACGGGAGAUUUCAUACAGUUAAAAUCGUCCGACAUCGUUAUGAAUUACAGUUAAUUGUUGACUCAAGGAUAAAAUCAUAUCCAUUUUCAAGUUCCCCCCGACAAUUGGAAAAAUCAACAGCGUUCAUAAUAUUUUUUGUUGCGGGUUUUGAUCCAUCAUAUAAGAACUUAUACAAACAAAACUCCUUGGCUAAAAAGGAUGCCGUUUUUAUGGAAAGGUUCGCUGGCAAGAUUAUGAAUGUUAUGUUUUAUAGCUGUUCGAGUUGUCUACCAAGGAGACCUAGAGUUAUAAACCAGAGAGGUGUUGUGGGCGUUAGGGAAUCAUGCUUGAUUAAGAAUCAGUGUAGGGAUUCAUGUAUUUGUUUUAGCAUGGAAAAUUCUAUGCAUAGAUGCGAUUGCUCUAAUAGACAUUGUAAAAGUGGGGCAAAUCAUUAUAGACUACCUUUUGAUGAGUUUAGAAGAGAUCAUUCAUCUGAAAUUGAUUCGUAUGUAAUAUCAAAUCCGUCCGGUCUCGAUUCAAGAUAUUUUGGGGCCGAAGUAUCCAAGACGCCUGGAUUUAGUAAAUCCGGUUUGAACUUGAAUUGUAGAGAUGCUUAUGUCCGCAUUUCCGGUGCUUUGUCAAGAGAUGAAUGCUUAGGAAAUUUGAAUUUGUGUUCUAGAGGAUUUACACUCGGUUUCUGGCUAAUUGUUCACAAAACACCAAAUUCGAAACUUGUUUUUAUGAGUAACGGAGGCCACAGCAGCUCCUCUCAUGGAAUAGCAGUCUACUUUGAGGAUGAUACAAUAUUCGUUCAAGCCAGAACUUUAACUGGCAAAUAUUGGAUUGCAAAAUCUCGCGAUUAUAUCAAGCACAGAUGGACAUACGUUACAAUCACGUGGAGAAAUGAUAGAGGACUUUCACUCUACUUGAACGGCCAGUUGAAGGACAAAAGGAGUUGGUUUGCUGACGUAUCAGUAGUAGAAACGCCUACAAAAACUGACAUAAACGAUGAACUUCUUCUCGGAAGGCCUAAUGAUAAUUCCUGGACGAGAACCGAAUGUGAUAUAUCCAUAGAUGAAUUUGAAUUUUAUUCGGAAGAGAAGGACAAAACUUUCAUUCAGGAAAACGGACCAGUUUACAAGUACUUCUGCCCUUUUUCUAAAAUAGCUAAUCGAGAGUUAGUUGGGGGUAAUUUAAGAGGAGUUUUAAACUAUCAAACAGCCUUACCAGAAAUAAAAUUACAUGAUGGUUUCUACAAACUCUUACUUAGAUAUCGUUCGAAUUUUAAACAAUAUAUAGAUUUUGGAAAAUUUGAAAAUAGUUGCCUUAGUGAUCUCUCUAGAUGUAAAUAUGGUGCUACUUUACGUAUCUACGUGAGGUCUAUUGACGUCCUCAGACCUCAUAGUUGCUUUGUUGAUGGGGGUGCUAGAUGGUUUCGGAUUUGUGUAAAUGAAAAGAAUGCUUUAUCGACAACAGCAUAUGUUGGCGAUAAAAAAUAUUCAGCUUUAUGGAAUGGUAUUCAAAGCGAUGUUGAGUAUAAACUUCUUGCAUCUUUCUCACCAUCCGAAGGUUUGCAAGUUUAUGCAAACAAUAAAUUAGUGGCUAAUGAUAAUGCGCCCAAGAUUAUUCAAGAAGCUGCACCAAUAGGCCAUCUGCUGGUUGGCAGAAGAAACAAACCAUCAGAUAACUUUGCAUAUAUGACAGCCUACUUCCGAAGUCUGGAUAUUUGGUUAGCUAGCAGAAAACAUCUGAUUAAUAUUGGUAUUCUUAAGGGUGACGGUUAUCAUAUUUUGAUACCAUUUGAAAAUCCAAUUCAAACUUCGCGUUACAUUGACGUUGAAGCUCCUAAAUCCUGUAUUGCAAAGGGUAUAUACAAUACGGAAUCUAAAGACUGUAGAAUUGGUAAUUGCUUAAAGGUGCAGCAGAUAGGAGAAUACGCAAAGGCAACCAAUUAUGUCGGUUGCCUUAGAGAUCUAGAAUCUUGCAAAAAAGGUUUUACUAUUUCCACCUGGGUUAUGCCGAUUACCUUAAAAGAUGAUCAAGUUUUUAUCAGCUCUCCUCACUUUCUCUUGUUUUAUAAGAAUGGAAAAUUAAGAGCCGAUGUCCAUGGUAAGAGAGACUCAUGGACAAUUUCAUCAGACGCUUUGGUAACGGGGAAAUGGCAACAUGUUCAUGUAACAUGGAACAAGCUGGAGGGUCUUAAUCUUUGGAUUGACGGUCUCCGAGCUCAUAAACGAAGAGACCAUCAAAGUCAAUAUACAUCUCGGGUAUUCGAAAAUCACAAGAUGUAUUUUGGUAAACCAGGUCAAGGCCAUGGAUCUCUUCCAGGUCUAAAAACUAUGGAUGCCAAAAUGGAUGAAUUUGAAUAUUGGAGUAAUCAAAUAAUAAGAGAUCCACUUAAUUUCGAAUAUGAAAUUAUCGAUUUGAGAAAUAAAACAGGUGAAAAAGAAAUAAGCGGAGAAAGAAGAACAGUCUCUUGUCAUACAAAGCGAAACAGUGUUGUUAUCCAAAACAAAAGAGGUCAUCCUUCUCUAGUUCAGAAAGGUAGUUACAACGAAUAUUUAAACUUUGGUCAUAAUUUUAUACCCUGCACGUGCGAGAAUUGCCCUAGAGGAUUUACUAUAAAAAUUGAACUUUUAACCUCUAGUUUGAAAAAUAAUGCAACGUUGAUAUCAAGUCCUAUGCUAGAUAUGUGGUGGUACAAGCAAAAGCUAUUUGCUAAAGUGAGACAUAAUAAGAAAAUUUGGGAAACCUUUGGAAAAUUUUCAGAUGAAAAUCCUAACUGGAGAGAAGUUGUUUUGUCCUGGAGUGAAUACGACGGGUUAAUACUUUCUUCGGAUAAUGUUGUGAUUGGGGUGGGCGAAUUGUCAAGAGAGAUGACAAAUGAAAAAGAUAAAUUUGGGAUAAUGGAAGAGGACAAAUGUCACAUAAGAGGUUUCUUUCUUAUGGGAAAAUCACACAAUUCUGAUUUUCCUUCUCAUGGUACACACUACUUUGAUUACAAUGGUAAAAACGUGACUGUAUGGGGAGUAAGAAAACGCUUCAUUACCGAUGGCGGUGAAAUAAAACCUGUUCCUGUGACAACAACAACUGCUCCAACAACUACACCAACAAUAGCAACAACUCAGUAUCUUCCCACGAGAGAAACAUACUUCAAUGACGACUAUUGGGUGUUAUAUAAUAUCUCGGGUAUGAAACCCAACUAUGAAAAUGAUGGCGAGAAAGUUACGCUUGUGUUUAAAACAAAGAAAAGAGACGGAUUAUUGUUUUAUUCCGGAUUUCACGGAAGAAAUGUACAAAUUGUUUUAAAAAAUGGCUAUCCAAGUCUACAAGUUUUUGAAGGUAGAAAGAGACAAAGAAUUGAACUGACACAGAUUCCAUCCAAAAUAUACGAUAAUCAAUGGCAUACAAUAAGACUCCUUAAAAAGGGAGGUUACUUUACCGUCUUCAUUGACAACACUGAAUUCCCCUAUGUAUUGCAAUACAAUUAUCCUCUGUUGUGGGAAAAAGGUUAUGUUUUACUUGGUGGAGAAGCGGACGCCGGAAAAGUGUCGGAAAAAUUUGUUGACACCAACUUCCAAGGAUACAUUAAGACUGCUUUAUUUGAUAACAAAUAUGGUUACUGGAUAGAUUUAUUAAAUUUACUAAAUGAGCCUACUCCAAAAUAUGUUAUCCCAUAUGGUAAACUUCCAAAUGCUGAUUGGAAUUCAGGGCGACCAAUCACUCUAAUAGGAAGUGGGUUUGGUUUUGAAUUUAAAGCUUGGAAAGCCCAGAAAGGCGAUAAACUAAAAUUAACAUUUAAGACUUUGGAAAAUAAGGCUGUUUUAAUUUAUCAGACAGGAGAUAGUUCAAAUUACCUUUUAAUUGAGAUUUAUGACGAAAAAUUAUGGCUUGUAAUUAAGGAAAAGUCAAGAUUAACAAGAUUAUUAUUUUCUGAAAGGCGUAUUAGUGAUGGAAAUGUCCACAAUAUCACAUUAGAGAAGAAGAGCAAUCAAUUAUUUUAUACGUUAGAUUUUGAGCGGAAACAAGUUAAUUAUCCAUCGCGAAUGAACCUUGUUAAUUCAUUGCACGUUGCACCGGGAAUAAAUAUCGAGCUUCCCAGAGAAUCAUGGGCCAAGGGGAAGAGUAAUCGCCGUUUUGUUGGAUGUCUCAUGCAGUUGAAGCUAAGUAAAGAGAUAGGAAUAGAUUUGAAUAAAGCUGCUACAAAACAAAGAUUAACCGGCAUUAAAGAAAAUUGUACAGCUUUAAGGAAAGCUUGCGAGAAUAAUCCCUGUUUUAAAGGCACUUGCUCUGAGGUGACGAGCGAAGAAAGCACCCGGAAAUACAAGUGCGAUUGUAUUGCUACGGGCUAUUCAGGACCGAAAUGUGAGGAUAAAGCAGAUAUUUUAUGUCUUCAAGGCAAUAUCGAAGUCUCCUAUGCUCGAUCAGAUUAUAAGUUGGUCCCAACCAACGACCUUGGAUUUAGAUUUAAAUCUUUUCAAAGAGACUCUUUCAUCCUAUCUGCUUUGAACGAUAAUUCAGAAAUCAUAUCAAUCAGAGUAGUUUCUGCCAGUCUAAAACUUAAUUUUAAUAUAAAUGGUCAACAAAAGGAAGUGAACAUUGGAGAGAAUCUUGUAGACAAUAGAUGGCACUCUUUAGUAAUUCGUCGUAGAAGCAAUAAGUUUUAUGUAAAAUUAGAUGACAAUUCACAAGUUACUACAGUUGGAGGUUUUCAAGAAGAAAGUGGCUUGUUAAAUAUUAGAAAAUUGAAAAUCGGCAUGAAUGGAGAGAAGGAUAGUUUCAUCGGUUACAUUUCGUCUUUAUAUUUUGAUGGACAAGAUAUCUUGGAAUCAUUAAAGACUGAAGGCCAAAUUAGAAAGUUCCUUAGUAAAGAUCAGUGCCCCUUGCCCUAUAAACCUGUUACGUUUUCCGCUAGAAAGAGGUCUUUCGCUCAAAUUAAUUCUCCAUUGAAGGGUCAUUUAACAUUUAACUUUAAAACUGAGUUUGGAAAUGGUCUUCUCUAUUAUCAACCCGGAAGUUUAGAGGAUUCCUUCUUAGGUCUAGAACUAUACGAAGGCCAAUUGUAUAUAGUGGGAAGAAAUAAAGAAGGAGUUACUAAAACGAGAUUAGGCACCCUAUCCAAAUAUUCUGAUAACCAAUGGCAUUCAGUUAUUUUGAAGAAGAGAAGAAGAGGCGAUUGGACUGUAAAAAUUGACGAUUACACUGAAAUAUUUGACAGAAAAAUACCAUUUUCUAACCAUUUAUAUAUUGGAGGAGUUCAAGAAUAUGUAAAAAUACCACCUGAGUUUAAAUCCCAGCAGGGAUUUGAAGGUUGCAUAUCUGGUGUUCAGUUGGACGGCGAGCAUAUUGAUUUAUUUACUUCCACUAUUAAAAAGAAUAUAGAAAGAGGUUGCCAUAAAUUAGGUUCUAUAUUUUGCUCAAAACCAGGAAUAUGCAAAAAUGGCGGCAUUUGCUACGACGGUCUUACAUCAUUCAUUUGCGAUUGUAACAUGACAGGUUGGGCGGGCAAGCAAUGUUCAGAAGAACCAUUGGGCUAUAGAAUAGGGAAGUAUAACAAACGGGGUAUUGUCUUCUAUAAGUUCGACGAACCAAUUGACACUAUUAAGGACACUGUUGCGUUCGGUUUUAUGACAUGGUAUGAAAAUGGUACUCUUUUUAGAGCUGAUAGCACUGACAAUGGCGAUUUUAUACGUAUUUUUAUGGAAAAGGGAUACCUGAAAGCAGAGUACAAUUUAGGAACAGAAAAGUCAUCGAUAAUUACAAUCAACAGAGAAAAAUUAAAUGAUGGAAAAUACCAUGUUGUUAAAUUUAUUAGACAUUUAAAUUCUAGAAAUGCUACCCUUACCGUUGACGAUUAUCCUUCCGCUUCGUUUAAGAGUAACAAAUUCGCCCACACAAAGGAAUUGAAUAGGCUGCAGAUUUUGAAAAUUGGUGGAAAUUUAAGAUCCAAUGGUGAAAUUUAUGAAACAUUUAAUGGAAUUAUCGCAGGUGUUUAUUAUCAAGGAGUAAGAGCUGGUUCGAGUGGCGGAGCAAUUGGAGGCAUUCGCAUUAUAGAUUUAGGAAGAAAAGCCAUUAGAGAUAUUAGGGUCUCUGUGAAAGAUGAUGUAACGCCUGCCCCACAUCCUUUUAGAUUACCGAAGCCAGUAAUACCAAUAUUACCUCCUCGUGAGUUCACCGACGGAAGAGCGUUAGCUGCUGGUUCGGAACGACCGAGAGCAGGAGCAGUGGCUGGCGCUUUUCUCGGUAUUUUACUGGCAGCAUCCUCCAUUAUGUGGGCCGUCUAUAAGUUGAAACCUGGGAAGAUUUUAUUGGGUAAAAUAAAGGAGUCGAAAGGUAGUUCCGCUAAACCCUUGCCGUCUCUUUCGCUCUCCACCCAACCCAAUCGUCUUAGCCAAGCCGCUUAUUCUUCUUCGCAAAGAUUAAACGGUCGUACAUCAACGAAUCUGAACGAAUAUUUUCCACCCGUAGGUGACAGUCAAAUGGCUCAAACCGAAUCCCUUCUAAAUGACCUUGAGGCAAUGGAUAGCGCCAAAGCACCCCCAACCGCCCAGCGUUUAACGACUACAACAACAACUGAUUCAAAGACCCGUUACGCAAUGCAAACUAUGAGUCCUGGAGCAGUUUCAAGUCCAGGUUUAAUGGCUGCUGAACAAAUCCAUGUGGAUUGUAUGCAAAUAACGCGGGACGGAAAGCACGUAGUUACUGGCUCAAUGAACAGUCCUCCUUUAAUUUGGGAUUUGAAGACGGGUGCUCUCGUUAGAAGUUUGCAAGGUGAAGAGGUUAGUUCUACAGAUUUACAUUUAGCUGCUGGAGAUUCGCUUAUUGUUGGCCAAGUUGCUGAAUAUACAAGUCUCGAUCCAGUUGAUGGGACCAUGUCAGGUAAUUUGUUGUCCCGGAAAUUCCAGAUAUGGGAUAUCAGCAGUGGUACACCCUUGUCAAUGCCCUCGCCAAACGAAGCUUGUACUGCUACAGCUCUGUUGUCAGAUGGUGAGACGGCAGUGCUCGGUAGAACUGAGAAGUUUGGCGGCGGUACAACACUCGUCAUGUGGGAUAUAGCCGGCAAUCAAUCACUUAGGUCAAUGAACUAUACGGGAUCAAUGGGUGCUGCAGAUCCCGUUACGCAUCUAUAUGUCACAAAAGAUGAUCGCUUCGUCGCUGCCGCUUUCACAAAUUCAUAUGACGCCAUGACAAAUUUUGUCAUUUUUGAUUUAAGUGCAUCGGAUGAGGAUGGAACGAAGGUCCUAUCAUUACAUGCAAAUGCUGAUUGUACGGCUGUCUUGGAUAACCAGGAAGCGGUUACUGGAACAAAAGAUGGAAAAUUAGUAGUGUGGUCAUUCAGAACAGGGAAGACGCUUCGACAGGUUUCAAGUCCCUUAGAAAACUCUACGUUAGGUAGAUCAGCUGGACUUACAGAGUCUAGGGCUCAUGAUGAUGAGGUAUCUGCUGUAGUCGUAGAUCAUGGCGUAAUUGUAUCUGCCUCUCACGACCAUACACUUAAAGUAUGGGAUUUAGAAACAGAAAAGUUACUGCAUACGUUGAAUGGUCAUACUGAUCAGGUCUGGUGCUGUACAAUAUCAAGCGAUGGUGACUGGAUAGUGUCAGGAGGACGAGACGGAACGGUUAGACUAUGGAAAUUAGCUACCGGAAAUCCUAUUUGCUUUUGGAAAUGUGCCGUUGAUGUUUUCUCAGUAAAGCUUAGUCCCGAUAAACAAGUUUUGUGUGCUCUAGGUGAUAAAUUCGGAGCCCGAAAGUUAGUCCUACUUCGAGUAGUUCAUACGCGAACUAUAAGUCGAUCAACUACGCCGGCAGCUUUUGUUUGAUAUUAACAUAGGCUUUUAAAAAGUUAUUCGGUUUAUUGUGAGGUGCUUUUUUUAAGUUGUCGAGUGUCUUUCAUUAACGAGAAAUCAAAGGAAAAUUCGAGUGCUCUGCUUAAAAGAACUUUUCGAAUUUGUUUCUAUCUAUAUAUACAUACACACAUAUAUAUAUAUAUAUAUAUAAAUUCAUAUGUAUAUAUAUUUAUAUAUGUAAUACAUUUACCUGUACAAGAAAUGACAGCUAUAAUGUAUAUUGCAAGACAUAAAUCAACGACUGCAAGAACCAAUUUCAUAAUCAAUAAUUUAAUAGCUAUAUAGUUAUCUUUUUUUAGAUAAUAGUCAUAUCUACCAAUAUCUUUUAAAUUUUGUGGAACUCAGCAAAUGAGAUAAUUUAUUAGUAGUUAAUCCUACAAUAUACAUAUAUACAGUAUAUAAUUUAAUUCAUUCUGUUUCAAUUUUUUCUGUCUCAUCUAUUAAAUAACAAUGGUUCAAAGUCCUAGUGUUAAUUUUUUUUCAAAAAAAAAAAACUUUAUUCCUGUUUUACUUUGUUGGAAAAAAAAUAAUUGGCAAGUAGAUGAUGUAGAUUUGUCAUUUUUCUGUUUUCUUUUUUUUGUCGCUUUUUAGAAGAAAAAAAAAAAAGGAAGAUAUUAAGAAAAAAAAAUAAUAAUGCAUGAACAUCUUUUGUGUUGCGUUAGCUAACGAGAAAAACAGUCUAUGUUUUUUUUGUGUAUAUAAGACAUUUUAUGUAAUUUUUUUUUCUUUUUUUUUGCAAGUCUUUCGACAAGGCAUAAUAUUUCUAUGCUUACAAUUUAAAUAAGAGAAAAUAUACAAAAAAAA